AUGAGCAAAGGAGCGUUGAAGCUGAUUCAUAUCAAACGGUCGCAGAGUUACAACGAGAUCGACGGACUCGAGGAGCCAUACAUCGUGCAGGAUCAGCCUCCGUCCGGCUCCGGCAGUCGGAAAGGGUCAGCAAGUUCGAAAAAACUCUUCUAACUUCUGAGAUAUGCUCUGAACAGUUGGAGCUCAAAAUUUCAUUCAUAUUGUUUUUUUUUUGAGCUCAUACUUCAUCGCAACAAUUGAACAAGUCUCUGAAACUUUUACUCAAGGUUUUGAGGAGCUCCGCCCCUUUUGAGUGGUCCAAAUUAAAGAAUAAACAGUUUAAACGAAACUUAAUGCUAAAAUGAAAAUUUUUUUCUGAAAUUUUUUUCUUCCUAUCGGGGAAAGACACAGAAACAAAAAAAUUUCAAAUUCUGACGCCCUAGGUUUGAUUUUUUUCAAAGAAGUAGAAAAGAUAUUGAGAUAAAAAUGAGCGAUUUUUGGUAUGUGAACAGAGCGUAAAAACAAAACAAACUUCAAUAAAGACUGUAGGUUGAUUUAAAAAAAAAAAGCGAAAUUAGAAAAUUUCGUUAAAGUUCAAGAACCACAAAAAUCCUAGAAGUUUGAGCCUCCGAAUGCAUUUUUUCACCACCCCUAUGCCUUCAAAAACCACUGAUCGAUUUUUUUCGACCCUGAUAAUUCUUGAAGAGCUGGGCAAUUUCCAGAAGUUUCGCUUCGAUUCGCCAGAAAAAGGCCCCGCGCGCCUACACCGGCCGCCACAGCUAUGGCUACGUUUCGAAAAUCAAGCGGAAGAAGAGCAAGACGGAGCGCGACCGCGAGUACGACUACGGCGACUAUGAGAACAACGACGACGACGAGGGAUACGUGGUGAGCUCGAAUUUUGACAAAUAACGAGAUUUUUCGAAAUUGAAGGCUUUGAGACAAGAGUUGUCAUGUUUUGAAAGGAGCAUUCCAAAAUAGGCAAAAAAUAGACUAAUGGAAAAAAAAUUCUUUUUUUUCAGAUCCACAGAGCUUUGGGCUAUGAAAAAAAAAUCAUCUCAAAAUUUUUUUCCAGUUCGACUGUCUUCUCUUGAGUUUCUUUCAUAGUGAAUACCUCCCUUUAUUUUCCUGUAAUAUUUUGAGAAAAAAAAGCAUCCCUUGAAGGGUCCCCUCUAGAGAUUACAUUACCAACUCCUAUAGGGGCCACUAAGGCUUGCAAAACUGGUCCCUAUAGGGGACAUGCUAGUCGAUAAUUUUUAUGAACUCUGAGCGAGAAACCAUUUCCAUGGAAAAAAAUGGAUAAAUAAUCGUUUUUUAAGAAAGUUGAGAGACCCCUAUAGGGUCCACUUAAGCUUUAAGGGCUAAGGGGUCAGAUCCUAAACCACUAUAGGGACCACUUUUGCGGUCCCUAUAGGGUCUGUUCGUUCUCCUAGCUCCUGUAGAGACUUAGGGGCUAAGGCGUCAGACCCUAAACCACUAUAGGGACCACUAUUACUCAAUUUUACCCCUAUAGGGACCACUUCUUCGGCCUCUAUAAGGGCUGUUUGUUCUCCUAACACCUAUAGAGACCACUCUGGAAUCCCUAAGCAUGAGAAGCUUUUCGCUAUCCAAGCUUUUUGGAUCUUUUGGACAUAAGUUUGUGCACAAAAGUGAUCAAGAAUUCAAAGGCUUCGCCCAACUCGACGUACCGCUGCAUUCCGACCCUAGAACGGAGCGAACACUCGUCGGAGGCCUGCCUCUCGACGACGUCUUCCGCCAGUCGGAUCAACUCGGCGAGCACCUCCAACGAGGCCCCCGAGUCGCCCACCCAGUCUCUCUUCUCCAAACUCGCCAUCACUGAUCGGUUCGAACCUUCUUAUCAUUGAAGCUUCACUCAGUGCUCUUGAACAACUUUUCGUCAAAAAUCCAGAGGAACUGUUUUCUAGAAGUAACAAAAUAGCCUUUCUUUAACUUGAGAGCGGCAAAAAUCCAAAAAUCGGCCUUUAAACCCAAUUUUUAACCUUUGAAUACAUCAAGAGCCUUUUUUUUAACGUCCUUUAAGCUUCAUUUAUAAUUAUAGUAUCUUCUGAAUUUUCUAAAGUACCAUUUUUCAGAAAGUCCCUUCACAACGACCUGUCCCAUUUCAUGAAAAAGGCUGAAGCCAAAGACGCCGUCCAAAUCGGCCGAAGGAAUGUCGAUUGCCAGAGGAAUGGCCAGUCUGUCGUGAGUUUUAAACUGUGUGGUCGCACUGGGAAUGGCUCGAAGCGUCGUGGUCGCGUUGCGGUUCGAGCUAGGAAUGCAAAGUUUGCAAAGUUCGAGUCCAGGAUGCAUUUUGAUGAAAUCACUCCCUAUUAGAUCAUUCUCCUUAUUAAGGCGUUGCGGUCGCGCUGCGGUCCGAGGUGGUUUUGGAAGAGUUGGAAAAAAUUGAGCUUUAUGGUAGAUUUUUCCCUAAACCAAAUAUGUUGUAGAACACGUUUUUCAGGAUUUUUUGAAAAAAAAAAAUUGAAUAUCAUCACUCGAGCCGUUUUCAAGAUACGGUAGCUCAAAGGAAUACGGUAGAACCCUUCGAAAAUCUAUAUCUCGACAAAAACUCAACAAAACUCAACUAAAGUUUGUAAUAAUGUCAUUCAAUUUUUAAAAAUCUAUCACCUCUUGUUUGCUCAUUAUUGCUCAUAUUAGAUAAUUUCUGUCAAAAAAAUCAAAACCCGUAUUCGACGGGCGUUUUUUUCUUGUUGCCAAGUCUUCAUUCGGCCGGGUGCACGUUAAUAAAACCGCUUUGCAGCCGUUCCGCGUUGAGCCAUUCUCCUUACGGCCGCGCUGCUGUUCGAAAUGGAAGUUUCGCAAUUUACAUUGCCCUGACCCUGUUUUACUUUACCAAAGUCGCGUUUUUUUGCGGAUUAAUCUCAAAUAAACCGCUUCGCCGCCGCUACGCUUUGAGCCAUUCCCAAUGCGACCAUUGCUUUCUGAAUUGAGUAUAUUUUAUUUCAUGAAGCACUUUUCAGCGUUUUACGAUUGGCGGCAAAGACGCGAAAAAGUACAAAUUCGAAAAUGUCCUCUGGCUGGUCCUUCAGGCCUACUUUUCUGGAAGGUUUGUUUUUUUUUUCAUUUUAUUACCGUUGUUUAUUACUGUAGUCUUCCGCUAUUUUUUAUUUGUUCUGAUAGUUUGUAAUGGAAUCUUCUAUUUUAUUUUUUCGUGAAGGCUUGAGUUUUUGGAAAUUUGGACCUUUUCUUCUACUUUAGUGGAUUUCUGGCCCUUGGAUUUUUGAAUCUUCUUCGUUUUUUCUUGUUGUUUUUUGACGGAUUCGUGUAAUAUCGCGAUCGAAAAAUGCUUGUUUUAUGAAUUUUUACAAAUUUGGAUUCAAGUCGAUACGACAUAUUUUGAAAUUCGCGAAAUUGAAUCGAUUUAAUCUUGAAAUUCAUUUUUACGGACUUUUGAGACCCUUUUCAAUGUCUUUUUUUCAAUUUUGAUUCAUGUUUGAAUUUUUUAGAGACGUAUGCGACGGACAGGAUCCUUGGCUUGCCGAGGACAGCAAAGUUUGAAUUUUUCUUCAAAAAUCAAAAAUUAUUCAUUUUUCCAGAUUUGCAAAGAAAGACAGUCGAAGGAGCUGAUUUUGGACGAAAUUUCCGAGUUUUCUUUCGAGAAGAUUUGCCAUUUGGGUUAGAAUCUUGAAAAAAAUUCAACCAAACUUUUUCUAGUUCAAAACGAUUCGAAUGAAGACGCGGACAAGCAGGCGCGCUCCAAAAGGAUGUCCAUAACUCCGGAUUACUCCAAAAACUUGGUGGAGGCCAAGAAAAAAGGUGAUUAGGAGAUCACAGUAACGAAAAAUGAGUAAAAAAUGAGAAAAACGAAAAAAUAAAAAUAAAAAGUCACAAAUAUGGCAUGUGCGCUCCAUCGCACACAACUCUGGCUAGUGCGCCCUAUUGCACGAUUUUCUUCACAAAACUCGUUAUUACAAGGAAAAUCUAUUUACUCAGUGGUUAGGGAUUUGUUGAGAGUUUUUUAAAGCUGAUUAGGUCAUUGAAAAAAGGGUCCCGAAGAAAUAGUGUCUCUUUGGUGGAGAGCGCAGACAGGCCACGCCCCUUUCUCGACCAGAAUAAGUUGCUAGGAGUGUAAAUUCACUAGUUUUCAAGAAAAAGGCCUAUUCGAUCUGAUUGUGAUGAUUUUUCGAGGGGGCUUUUUCGGAAAGCUAAUGAAGUAUGAUAAUUUUGAGGAUUUUUAUCUGGGGGAAAAAAUGUUUUUUUUAUAGGUAACUUAUAUCAGAUAGUAUAAUGACUUUUCUUGUAACACUUCUCUGGAAAAAUUUCAAAAAGGAAGAGUUAUAGCUGAUUCACGGCUAGCUUGGGACACUAAGGGGGCGUGUCCUGUCUGCGCUCUCCACGAGCCAGGCGCUAUCUUGUGCAUUAUCGUGUCAGGAUCCUUUUUUCGAUGGCUCAAGCCAGUAGUGAAUCAGCUAUAUGUGGGAGUUUUCUUGGUCAUCUAGGUAUAAAAAAACUUUAAGGUUUGUCGGAUAGCACUAAUCAGUUAUUUCGAAGAGUGAAGAUUUUUUUUUCCAGUGGAGCAACUUCUGAAAGAGUUCGACGCCUACGCCUCCCUGUUCCCCCACUCGGCGGCCAUGUGGGACGACGUCGUCCAACGACGUGGUUUCGCCUUCAGAACGACCGUAGAUGAACGGGUCACCGCCCUGCGCACUUGGAUCAACACCCUCCACGACUUGAACGAGAAGAUCGAAAGUGUGCGUCUGCAUGAGAAUCGCCCAGAAUCAUCUGUGCUGUUCAGCUCGGCGUCCUUUUCGAAGUCGCGACUCUGAACGACGGCCGCUCGAAGUGGCUGAAACCGCUAAGUGAGGACAACCAGGUGCAGAACUUGGACGACGCCAAACACGUCUUCGAGACCUACGUCAAACGGAGCUUGAACAUGAAGGUUUCCAUUGUUUUUACAGUGUAUACACAGCUGAAUAAAAGCUACCGUAAGCACAAAAAAAAAUUGGUACCGUGAGAACUCUUCUUUCUCUCCGAGAAGCCCCAAAGAACUGGUUCCAAAUUCAUACGGUUUUUCCUGAAAAGGCCGCUGACGUGAAACGCCUGAAACAAAGUGAUAUGAGCCUUUGAAGGGAAUGAAACGGGUCCUGACGCGCGUGGAAGCUCUGAUCGAGACUACGGUAGUCAAGUCGGCGAUCCUGAUGCAACGGCCGCCGAAGAACUACGCCGCCGCGGCCAUCGCCAGCAAGAGCGUCCUGAAACUCAGCGAGACCAUGGUUUGUCAGCCAUUUUUGGAGUAAGAGGGAGAGGGGGAGUGAAAAAUCGCUUCCGGGGGUUUGGAUUGUGAAUUUGAAUAUCUACUUGAAUUUACACAAAGGUCUUCAGUUUUCUUUGGAAAAGCUCAAAGAUUUUUUUUUUUCGAGCUUGAUUUCUUUUCUAAAACUUCAUUUUUCCCAAGGAUUGUCGGCGAAAAACCCCGUUUCGAAAAUUGUUUGAAGUUUUUACUGUCCCUAAGCUUUCAUAAGCAUAGAGUCAGUAAAAAAGAUGCCUUUGAAACUUUUAAUUUUUUCCAUUUUUCUCGAAAUUUCUCAAAAAGGUGCGAAUUUGAAAGCAGGAUCCGAAAUACUUACAAUCAAAAAAGGAAUUUAUUUCCAGAAGGAGCGUUUCGGAGAGAUGGCUGCCUCGUCGGCAAGAUUCUCCCUGCCAUUGUCCCGUUCCCUGAAGCUCCCCCAUUUGGAACCCCUUUUUUUCUUCGUUCUCGGAGUUCCGAUGCAGCUCGUCUCUCAGUGGCUCACCAUUAGGUGGGUUCUCCGAAAAAAAAAAAUUGAAUAAAAACCGGGUUUUUGAAGUUCUAAGGCUUAGGCCUAAUGUUUUUUUCAUUUUUCAUUUAUAAAUGAUGCUUGACGAUUUGAAAUGAGCUUAUGGAAAAGCGGGUAUUUGAACUAACAAAAUUAACUUCAUUUUUUAAGAACUGUUUUCCCUCUUUUUUUUUAGCUUCUUUCUCAGGCAGGGGACGUUUCAAAAUAUCAGAAAUCGAUGAUUUUUGACCAUAUCAUUGUUGAUUUUCCUCAAUAAGAAAUGUUAAGAUCGGAGGCGGCGCAGGAAUACUCCCAAAUGGACGAACUCACAUUGGAGGCUUUGAUGGAAGAUUCGCGGGAUUGUGUCGAGGAGGCUGUUAGGUAAAAAACAAUGAUCAUUUGAUUGUACACGGCGUUUUUAUAAGUGGAAGAAAAGGCAAAACCAAAGAUGAAGAGGGUGUGGUCAAAACCUUCACUGUUCUCAUGUGACGUCAUGGGAAACAAGCGUCAACCACAGGAAAUAUUAAAGACGCAUGUUUAAUAGGUCAUGAAACGAAUCGAUUUCUCAUUUUAAAAAAAAACGCUAUUUUCCUGUUGCCGUGUCAAAAGUGAUUCCGCGAAAUUCAAAAUAGCCACCAGAGACUUGAAAAUAAAACUGAAUUUCGGAAAUUCGGAAAUGAUUUUGAAUUUCGCGAAAAUUCGCAUGUGCGAGAGCGCCGCAGUGUAUGCACACGACACACCAGACUUUACGGAAAAAAAAAAAUGAGGGGCGUCGUCAAAAAAACGCCGCGAGUUCGAAUUUUUUUGCCUCCACUGAAAGCGUUUUUUUCGAAAAAAAUCAUAAUCGUUUUUUUGAAAAAAACGUAAUUUAUUUUGAAAAUUAUCGAAACGUGUGCAGUUUUUUCUACACUGAUUGUCAGAUUAUCGAGGAAGGUACUUAAAAAUCGGUUUUUUUUUUUGUGGUUCGAUCAAAAACUACUUUUUUACCUGAUUUUCAAAGGAAAAGGCGACCGAUAAGGUAUUCUAGACGUCAAUAAAGCAGAAAAAAAGCUACCGUAGAUCUGUUUUUCUCUGCGAUUUCGUUUCGAGACGCUCCAAAAAAGGUCUGAAAGCGAAAUUUGCAUCACAGACUGCAAAAGACUCUGAAAAAUGGUCUCCAAGCCUAAAGUCUAGUGUUCCGUAAGUUCAGUGUGUCGUGUGCAUGCACUGCGUCGCUCUCGCACAUGUGAAUUUUCGCGAUUUCAUAAAGUUUCUUUGACUCAAGUAAAUUUUCGUGAAGGAAUGAAAAUUCAGAAUCAAGCGAAACUACGUGGACAUGCUGCAGUCGAUGUGCCACCGAUGCGCCCUUCCCGUGUUUCUCUACCCGAUUCAGUUCAACAACGACGUUUUGGACGUAUUCAAGGUUUUCCGAGGAUCCCAUUGGGAGAUAAUUUCCACAUGUGUUCAGAAAUAUGUCCAUUACGUGCGCUGUUGGUGCGCCUGUGAUGCGGUCGUCAAUAACGAUCCGUCGAGGCUUUUCAUGAGGUUCGAAAUUGCGGAUUUUCUAUUGGGGUUUUCAGAAAAAUUGCUUAGGAGAAUAACUAGGGGACACUAUAGGGUUUUGACGUUUCAGUGGUCAUCACAGUAGUCAAAAAAGGGGGCACUUAAGUGGCUUGAAGUUAGUGACCACUUUAGGGUUUUGAAGAUUUAGUGGUCAUCACAGUAGUCGAGUUAGUGGGCACUUAAGGGGCUGGAAAUUAGUGCACACUUUAAGGUUUUGACGGUUUGGUUACACUGAAAAAGUAUAGUUAGUGGCCACUUUAGUGAUUAAACGUUAGUGGCCAUUACAGUUGUCGAAUUAGUGGGCACUUAGGUGGCUAAAAUUUAGUGGCCAUUUCAAGGUUUUGACGGUUUAGUGGCUAAAAAUUAGUGGUGACUUCAGAAGUCUGUGGUACUCGUAGAACGCUAAAAACUACUAUAGUGGCCACUCAGACGCCAAAUAGUGGCUCCGAUAGAGAUAGUUUCAGUGGCCACUUUAGUUUCCUCUCCAAGUAGUCCUUGAGAGACCUCUUCUCAUUCUUUCAAGUUUUCAGACUGGAAAAUGAGUGGAAUGCCGCGUUGACCUGCGCGCGAUUCAUACGUUCGGGCGUUGAUACCCUUUGUUCGACUAUUUGGUAUUUUUGACCUUCAGAAGCUUCAAGAAUUUCCCAUCUAUAGUGACAUCAUCACGACACUCUUGGAGAAGAUCGUCGUCGACUACGCCGAGGACAAAACGGACGAAAUCAAGCUCAGUUUCUUGGACACGGAUUCGAGUGACGAUGAUGAGGGCCGUGGAACUGUUUUCAGGUGGGAAAUGGAGGAUUUUGUGUUUUUUGAAUGAAAAUUUUAAAAAAAGGGGUGUAGAAGCUUUGAAAUGAAUAAUGGUUAUAGGAAAUUUAGUUUUUAGCUCGAUUUACCUGAAAGGUUCAUCAGAGGGAAAGUUUUAAAAGUCGUUUAAGGUCAUUUUUAGACUUAGAGAAGGGAAACAUCGAGUUUUUGUGUUUUUUUAAGGUUGCAAAAAUUUUACUUAUGAGGCGUUUUUUUGUCAAUUUUUUUGAGCUUUUUAGUUCAUUUUUUUCUUGUAAAAUUGGGCAUUAUUUCUUUAAAAAAAUUCAUUUUUCAUUACCUUCAAAAGAUCAUUUUUUUCAACUCAAGGUCAGAAAAAACAGUGGGAAGGUUCCAAAAAACAACUUUUCAGGUCUUUUUGGACCUUUUCUGUAUUUUCGAAAAAAAAAACCUAUAUUCUAGUUGCCGGAGUACGAAAAUAAUGGACACCAAAAGGACCUGUUUCAUGACGUCAAUCUACCAACUUGUCAGGGAAAUCAAGGUAAAAGUACCAAAAUAAGCUGUGAGAUUAGUGUUUUUUUUUCAGGAAAGAGAAUGCCGUAUUUUGUGCUUUUUCCGCAGCGCCGUGCAGGAGUUGCACGACGCCGUCGGGUGUGAUACUGCGGAUGGCGUUGAAAUUCUGAAAGCCGUCAAUUGCUUGAGUCCCGACCAUUGUUUGGUAGGUCCUUGGAAUUUUCUUGAAUCUCCGAUAUUUAGAAAUAAAAAUUCAUCUUCUUACACCUUUGUAUCGCUUGGUGGUGGAGUCGUUUAGGGACCCCUUAAGUGUCCUGAAGCUGCUGGAGUGAUCCCUGGAUAAACUUGCCCUUCAGAAGGUCCUGGAUAAACUUGCCCUUCAGAAGGUCCUGAUCCAUUCAGUGGUACCUUGAGUUUCCUAACACCGCUGAAGGGAUCCCUAAAUCGAUUAGAAUCGCCCCGAACGUCUUUGAGUCAUUUAGGGAUCCCUUAAGUGCCCUGAAGCUGCGGAAGUGAUUCCUGGAUAAACAUGUCCUUUAGAAGGUCCUGACCCAUUCAGUAGUACCUUAAGUUUCCUCACAUCCCUUAAGGGAACCCUAAACGAACCAGAAUGGCCUCGAACUUCUUCGAGUCAUUUAUCCCUUAAGCGCCUGGAGUUCCCUGAACCAACCGGGAGAAUACAGUGAUCCCCAAAUUAACAUGAAGUUCUUCAGACGUUUCUGACUAGGGAAUGGUCUCCAUUCGCAGUGGAACAUCUGAAUGAGACUAGAUUCACUAGAUGUAGUUUUUCACGCUGAUUCCAAAUCUGGUCUCAAAAACUGCCCUCGAGACCUGUGAAAAAAGUUAGGGGCUCUCAAAGUCGAAAAUUUCAAUGUCUCCGAUUGAGCUCAUUUUUGGAGGGUAUACAGUCUUUGUUCCCCCGGUCACGAAAAAUUAUUUUAUUUUUUUCGAAAAGGUUCUGGAGCCCAGAUAUGAUUUUUCAAAGCUCGGCGCGUGAUAAGAGCAUGCGAGCGCGGUGUCCUAUUGCGAUCCGGCGGCUGUCGAAGCAACGGCAGCGAGGAGCAGUGGUAAGGCGGCGGACUGGGGAUCACGAGAUCAUAGGUUCGGUGCCCACGCUGUGCAAACUUUUUUUGCAAUUUUUUUCUUUUUUUGGCAAAUUUCGUCUAACUGCUCCUUUUUUUGAGUUUUUGAGGCGUAUAAACACGAAAACACUGCGUUUUGAACCUAUUCGAACAGCUGGACUUUUUUUCCGCAAAUUUUUUUCAUGAACUUUUUCCGUGAUUUUUCCAUGUGUAUGAGCAUGGGUUGGAGUGUCAAAAUUUUCAGAAAAAAUUUUUUUUGUUUUUUUUUCUUUUUUUCUUUUUCAAAAAGCUGUCUAGACCAAAGUCAUCACAGCUACGCAGAUAGAUAAUGCGAAAAAUUUUUUUCAAUGAUUUUUUCAGACUUCGGUGCUCACUUACCUCUUUACUAGAAAAAACAUUCAAAUUUAUUUCAGUUUUUUUGCCUUUUACCAAAAAAAGUUUCCCUAAAAAAAUUUCCGUCCAAUGAAAAAUUUUUGAAAAGUUAUAGUCAGACUUCGGCAAGUAGAAAGGUUCAAAAUAAAAAAAGAAUUUGGAAAUAAGAAAAAAAUAAAGUUUCUUUUGAUAUAUAAGUUUUUUUGGACAUUUUUCAAUCUUUCCCAUUUGCGGCGAAUCGCGGAAUUUACUUUUUUUGGCAAAAAAACGAUGGUCAUAGGUAAGCCCACUGCAAAUCACGAAGAGUCUCAUGAAGGAAAAACAAAUUUUUUUCAGUGGUCCAUUAGCGUAGCUGUGAUGACUUUGGUCUAGACAGCUUUUAAAAAAGAAAAAAAGAAAAAAAAACAAAAAAAAUUUUUUCUGAAAAUUUUGACACUCCAACCCAUGCUCAUACACAUGGAAAAUCACGGAAAAGUUCAUGAAAAAAAUUUGCGGAAAAAAAAGUCCAGCUGUUCGAAUAGGUUCAAAACGCAGUGUUUUCGUGUUUAUACGCCUCAAAACUCAAAAAAGGAGCAGUUAGACGAAAUUUGCCAAAAAAGAAAAAAUUGCAAAAAAAGUUUGCACAGCGUGGGCACCGAACCUAUGAUCUCGUGAUCCCCAGUCCGCCGCCUUACCACUGCUCCUCGCUGCCGUUGCUUCGACAGCCGCCGGAUCGCAAUAGGACACCGCGCUCGCAUGCUCUUAUCACGCGCCGAGCUUUGAAAAAUCAUAUCUGGGCUCCAGAACCUUUUCGAAAAAAAUCAAAUAAUUUUUCGUGACCGGGGGAACAAAGACUGUAUACCCUCCAAAAAUGAGCUCAAUCGGAGACAUUGAAAUUUUCGACUUUGAGAGCCCCUAACUUUUUUCACAGGUCUCGAGGGCAGUUUUUGAGACCAGAUUUGGAAUCAGCGUGAAAAACUACAUCUAGUGAAUCUAGUCUCAUUCAGAUGUUCCACUGCGAAUGGAGACCAUUCCCUAGUGAGUCACAUUCAGUGAUCCCUUGAGUGUACUGAAGCUGCUGAAGUGAUCCCUAAAUUAACCGAAAGCGCCCCGGACUCUGAAUCAUUUAGGGCUCCGUGAAAGCCCUGGAGCCGCUAAAGGGAUCCCUAAAUGAACGAGAAAAUACAAGUGUUCCCUUAAGAGCUCUGUCGCCGCUGAAGUGAUCCUAAAAUUCAUCCGGAAGACAUCUUUUGAGAGCCUGAUUUCGCCAAAAAGAUCCCUAAAUGAAGCGAAAGAUUUCAGGGACCCCUUGAGUGCCCUUACGCUGUUAAAGUGAUCCUAAAGAAAAUGGAAGUGUACCGGGUGUUUCUGAGCCAUAAAAGGAUAACUUCAGCGGCUUAAGGGCACUAUAGGGGCCACUAAAAGGCUCAAAAAAUCAUUUCCUGUUGUCACCUUCCUCUGAAAAUUUCUUUCUCGGGCCCACUUGAGAAUAAAAGAGUUUUUGAAGAUUGACCUGGAGUCGGACGACGCGAUGGCCGACGGCGACGCCGUCUACCUGGCGGUGACGCUUUUUGUCGACACGGCGACCGCCGACCGAGCCGGCGUCGAAGAAUGUCUCCUGGCCAUGUCCGAAGGACGUCACAUCGAGGGGGACAGUCACAUUAUCGUCGUCCCAGACAUGUCUCAUAAGAUCCGGUCAGUGGUACUUCUAAACUCGAUCUAUCGCUGGCUUGAGUCCUUUUUUGGCGACUUGAAAAAUCUCUGCUCCUCCUCGUCUCUCUCAUGUUUACGUGCUCUUUUCAUUUUUUUUUUUUGAUCUCUCCGGUGAGGGAAGAGAGACGCAGACACGCGAAAAUAGCCUAAAUUUGAAUCUGUGAAAGCUAGAUAGCACUAAUAAAAAAGAGAGCGUUUAGAGAAAAAAAAAUGUCUGCAUCUCUUGUUUUUGAGCGCUCUCUAGUUCGGUGUUGGUCAAUAAUAAACGCAGUGUUUUUGCGAAAUUUUUUUUAAAUUUCAAAAAUGUAUAUUGUACCACAAGCCAGGGGUGGAUCAGCUACAAAUGAUUUUUCGUUUUUUGAAUUUUCCAAGUUUCUAGAAAUGAAUGGGCGGGUCGGAAGGUGAAAGUGACGAUCGAUGAGGAGAAACGCAUCUGCUACACUUAUCUGCGAAGGGUGAGUUUUUUUUUUGUUACUAGAAUCGUUAUCAGAAAAGUUUAAAAUGCGAAUUUUUGAGGAUUUACUUGACCUUAGCUUACAAGAAAGGUCAUAUUCUUUUUGAAAAUUUGAAAAUUUCAUUCAGUCUUAUAGUAGGUUCUCUGCUGAUUCAUGAAAUACUUGAAGAGUUGGUUGUCGGCUCGCGAAACUGUCGUUGAUCAAGCGUAGAGGGCGCGUAGAGCAUCUCGUCUCUCUUGUGAUAGUAGUAGACAACUUUCGAGCGUUCCGACGAUUACUGCUUCUCCAUAUCCUUUUAAACUUGAAAAAUUUCAAAAUACAGUCUGAUUACUUCGUGAUGAAGAAGGUGUAGAUCCUGAAACUCUCAACCUGAACAAUUUGCUAGUUCUUGAGAAACUGGACUCAAAGUUCAGGGAAACUAGAAAAAUCCGGUCUUUUUCGGACUUCAAACCCGAAAACUGAGUAAUUUUGAAGUUCGAUUCAACCAGGAAUUUCAAGAAUUUAUUUCAAUCAAUUCUAGGCAAUCCCUAAACCUUCGAGAGACACUUGAUAACAUACUGAUUUUAAUCCAGAAAUUUCUUUUAUCGAUCAAGUUUCUUCAGGACGCAGUUUGUGUGCUCGGCGAUUACGAUUUGACUGGCAAACAUGCUUCUUACUUCAAAACCAUCGCUCCUUCGUGUUCUUCCAAUGAUCUCAUUGAUAAACGACUCCAGGGCCUCGUGGUGAGCUAUCUUCGAUCAGAAAAGGAUUCAAAGGCUAAAAAAUCCUUCUGUUCCUUGGCUCAACUUAAUAUUCUUACUUUUAAGGCAUACAAAAAAUGAAAGGUGCUGUUGUGGGUUAAAAUUGUAUAUAGUUUGCUCAGAUUUCAAAAUUGAAGUACAAUGACGUCAUUCGAAAACGCUCAGUGGAUGGCUCGGUCUCCGAUUGGCAUAUCGUGUCAUAAGGGGCGGAGCUUGAGCUAUAACUUGAAUUCAGGAUCCGAACAGAUCGUAGCUUUGAAAUCCAUAAAUUUUUCUAGUUAUCGAAAAAGAUGAGUCAAAAAUCAAAUUUUGCUCCGCGCAGUUUUCAAUUUUUGUAGAGUUUUUGUUUAGUUUUUCCAAAAUUUUAUGCUUUUCUACGCAUUUUCUACAAAAAAUUUCCAAAAUUAUCUAUUUUCUCCGUUAUGAUCCUAACUUAUAUUUGUAGUCUACUAAGACUUUGAAUGACAAGGCUUCGGUCAAGCUCCGCCCCUUCUGUCGGAACAGACCAAUUAAAGAGCGAGCCAUCCAAAGAGCCUUUUCGAAUGACGUCAUUGUACUUGACGAUUAAAAUCUGAAAAGACUAUAGAAACGAUCCAAAAAGUAAUAGUUCAUGAAGUUUGAGAGUAGCUUCUUGUUUGGAAAAUAAAAGGUUUUCCGGAAAUUCAAGCGAACUUUCGGAAUCCUCACAACAAGCUCCAUUUUAAAUUAAAGCCUUUUUUUCCAGGGCGACACCCUCAUCCCACACCUCGACUUCAUCCAUAAAUGGGUCGAUAUUUAUUUCGACAAGCUCAAUAACGCCCAAACGGUGGCUUUUUUCAAUUCGAAGCUCACCGCCCUCUUCAUCACCAUGGAUCAGGAGUUCUUGAUAGGCUAUCAGGUACGGUUUAGAAUCAAAAGAAUGGCUCAAAAGUCUCAAAAAGGUGGCUCAGAAGUAAAUAUUUAGAAGCCUAGAGGUUAGACACGAAUUCCCUAGAGGGGUCACUCAAGUUUUUCCUCCGUAGGGGGCACUUUUAAUUCUUUGAAAAGGACUGUUUUGGUCCUUGAUCCCUAUAGGGACCUCUCUAGCUUUCCUAAGUGCGUAUUAGAGUGGUCGCCUUGGCUUCAAAUUGUUUUAAACGGCGUUUGUUGGCGUCGCCCCGCCCCUUUUUUUUACGUCAAAUGUGGUGUGUAGUGUGCAUGCACCGCGCCGGUUUCGCGCAGAAAAAAUACCGUCAUGUAUUGAUAACUCGAAGACCGCUGGAAAUGCUGUCGCCUGCGCCUUUAAUAGUCUCUGUAUUCUACGCGCUUAUAGCCGAAAUCUCUCCCAUGACGUCACCCAUCAUUUUCAGUUGCACCGUGACGUUUCUCGACUCGUCAGCGAUGCCUACAUGUGGAUUUACGGAAAAGUGGUCUUGGAGCGAAGUUUGAAGCUGGUCUCCAUGUGGACCGAUUUCGUUUCUCGGUGGGUUUGAAAAAAAAAUUUAGGAAAUCGAGAAAAAAAAAAUUUCUGAUCAGAUAAGAAUGGUUAGAGAAAUUUUCAGUUUUUUUUUCAGUUUUUUAUAAGUGCAAGGCAGAAAAAAUUAAUAAACGAACUUAGGAACUCCAGAGUGGUCCCUAUAGGGGCCUCAGGGGCUUUUGGAGGGCCUCCUCUUGGGGCUGUUUGUUUCCCUAACCCCUAUAGGGACCGCUUUGGAACUAUUAAGAAGUAUAGCCGAUUCACGGUAAGUUUGAGAGGAAAAGGGGCGUGGCCUGUUGCGCUCUCCUCCAACCAGACACUGUCUCUUUUCUCGUCAGGACCCUUUUAAAAAAGAAAAGAACCUUUAUUUAAUCGAUUAGGAGUUUUUUUUAGGAAACCUUAGAGGUAGGAGGUUCAGGCCUAUUUUUGAUAGAAAUUUGAAAAUUAUUCAUUUUUUUUGUUCUAGAAAGAACAUGCAACCGACGCACAGUGUCCCGAUGUGGGCCGUGCCGGCCUUCACUUUCAUGCAAACUUUGAGCGAAUGUAAAUGGACCUCGCCCGAGAUCAUGACCGACGAACAGUAUGCGGUUCGUUUCUCGAGACCCUUUUGUGACUAACAAUAGAGGCUUUCAGGAGUUCUCCCGGUGCUUCAACGAGUGCAGAAACAGGCUGGUCGCCAGGAAUCGGGACUCGGUCUCGUUCUUGACCGGUUCCAAGCAGGUCAAGACGAAGUACCGUUCAAGGUGAUUUUUUCAAUGAGCUUUCAGAGGGGUCACAAUAGUGGUUGGGAAGAAAAGGCUCACCGAAGGGUUGAGGUUCAGGUGGUCUCUGUAGGGGUUUAGGAUCUGACCACCAAGCCCCUGAAGCUUGCCUGGUCUCUUAAGGGAACUUUAGAGUGGUCACUGUAGGGAUGAGGGAAAAAGAAACUCUCUGAAGGGCUGAAAUUUAGGUGAUCCCUAUAGGGGUUUAGGCUUUGACCGCCAUGCCCUUAACGCUUAAGAUUUCCCUAUAGUGAAUUUAACAGUGGUCACUAUAGGGGUUAGAUUAAAAACUCUCCAAAAGGAUAUAAUUUAGGUGAUCCCUUUAGGGGUUUAGGAUCUGAGCGUCAAGCCCCUGAAGCUUGUGUGGUCUCUAUAUUGAGCUCUAGAGGGGUCACUAUAGGGGUUAUGGAGAAAAAAGCUUCCCAAAGGGUUAAGAUUUAGGUGAUCCCUGUAGGGGUUUAGAAUCUGACCGCCAAGCCCUUAAAGCUCGGCUGGUCCCUGUAGCGAACUCUAGAGUGGUCACUAUAGGGAUGAGGCAGAAAAAGCUCCCCAAACGGCUGAAAUUAAGGUGAUCCCUGUAGGGGUUUAGAAUCUGAUUCUCAAGCCUCUAAGCUUAAGUUUUCCCUAUAGUGGUCUUUUAGAUUUUUGUACUGAAUUGAAGGUUAAAUAUACGUCUAGCUCCUCUCCUAGAGUGGCCACUACCAAAAACCCCUAGAGUGGUCACUUUUGCAUUCUUGAAGUUCCAUAGGGGAAGGUGAAGUGGUCCUUCAAGGAGGACCUAAAUGAGCCCCUUUUAAAAGAAUAUUUCAGCGCAUAAAAACUUCUGCCCUUUUAAAAACCCCUACAAGGAAGGUGAAAGUCACUCUAGUGACCACUCUGGCGCUCCAAAAAGGGUAGAACUUGUUUUGAUCAAAAUGUUGUGCUUGAAGUUUCGAAGUCCGAUGAAAAAUAGUGAUAAAGUCAAAGAAUCAGAUAGUUCUAUGACUUUUAAAAGCUUUGAGAGAAUUAUACAACGUUCUCCUUGAAAUUUUCAUUUUUUCCAGAGCUUCCUUGUCAAAACCUUCCUCUCCCAUCACUGGAGCACCAAAAACUCGAGUCCAAUGUCAAAAGGAAGCGGCGGAAGAACUGGACCGCGUCAUUGAAGAAAAAGUAAAUUUUUCUCGGUUUUUCGAAGUUCUUGUGAUAACCGACAGUGUCUCUGUCCCACGUAGUGAUUGAAUUGUCAAUUUAUUUUUAAAAAAAAGGGGGUUUUUGUCAUUUUUUUGGCUAGUUUAUAGUGUGCAAAGCGGUCGCGAAGCGUUUUUUGGGGUAAAUUUUGAAAUUGGAUGAUCAAAAGCAAGGAAAUAGCUUAAAAACACUCUUCAAAAGAUCAAUAAUGUCUAUGGCUUAACUCUGAAACAGGAAACUUGAGCAAAAUUAAAAAAAAAAACGUGGAGUUGAAAUUCGCGCCGAAAACGCAUCGCGACCGCUUCGCAAGCGGAGUUCAAAUGCCUCUUUAGUGAUCACUCAGCCGUUUGAAUUUGAAAAAAGGGACUAUUUUUCAAUUUGAGAUACCUUGAGCCUUCAUUAUGCCGUGUCAAAAGUGAUUCCGCGAAAUUAAUCUUCAGAACUUUGUUUUAGUCAAUUAAUCCCGACUUUAAAAGGCCUUCUCCGCCUCCCUCGCCUUUCAAGUCGGGAAAAUCUUUUUUUACUUUCUCUGAUCAUUGUAGAUUCUAUUUUGCCGAAAUCACUUUAUAGCCUGUGUAUCCUGACUUGGAAUUUCACGGAACGACAUUCCGCUGUUCCGCUGCGCGCCUUUGCGAACCUUGGUCGCGCUUUUAAUUUUUUUUUCUUUUAAUACGGUACUCUACUUUCUUGUGCUCCCACAGCAAUAACAAUCAAUUGAAAACGUGACCUAGAUUCGAAAGACGCUUCGCGAACGCACGCAGCGGAACAGCGGAAUGUCGUUCCGUGAAAUUUCAAGUCGUGCCACACAGACUAUAAAAAUCUCAUCAUUUGAUUCUUUUCAUAGUUUUCACCGUUGUAUUCAGCAAAAAGACGCCCUCCGGCUCGGCCGCGUCCUCAAUCAGAAGAAUCACAAGUUCCGGCUGAGCACGGAAACGACGGAAGUUCAUCGGAAGAAGGCGACCUUCGAAUGGGUCCUCAAUGAGCUGAUUGGUUCGUUUUUCGGAGGGACAAAUCUUUCUGAGGUCUCCUGGGCUAUAACAGCGGCAGUCUCCGGGAAACGAAGUAACCGGCCUUUAUAAGUGAUCACUAAAGAAGUCUCACUUAAGGGAUUUCUUAAGUUUCUUCAGUGGUCAUUUAAGGGGGAGACUCCGUUUUUCCUUCAAAAAAAAAAAUUGAAGGCAUCAUGGGUGUAUAUAUUUAGCUAGUGGAUGUCAAAAAAAAACGAUUUUUUUUGGAUUGAAGGAACUGGAAAAGUUCAGAAACUCCCCUCAAAAAAGUCGAUUUUCUGAGAAAAUUUCAUAAUUUCCAGCCGCUGGAAGCUUCGGAAAGGUCUACCGGGCCUUCACGUUCGAGGCUUCGGGUCGACGGCGACUCGUCGCUGCCAAAAUGAUCCCAGCUCAGAGAAAUGUCAUCAAGGUACUCAUUUAUCGAACAAUAGUCCUCACACGAUAAAAAAUGAGAUAGUGCCUGGCUGGUGGAGAGGGCAGACAGGCCACGCCCUUCAGCUUCCCAAGCUAGUCCUGAAACUGCAAUAAAAAAAAAUUAGUCAAAUAUUCAUUUUUACAGUUCAUCGAAGCUGAAAUCGACAUCCUUCGGACUUUACAACAUCCAAAUCUUGUCAAGUAUUACGACUUUGAAGUUGGAGAAGUGGGUCACUUUCACAAGAGUUCAUCCAGAAGAAUUAAAGCUACCGUAACCACAGCCUUUUUUUGCGUUUUCGCUUCGAGACCAUAACUACAAAAACCUAGGUUUCAAAGGGAAAUUAGCACCAAAAUGUAUACGGUUUUUUGAUUUUAAAAAACAUGACAAGCUUAGGUGAUAUAGAUCUCUUCAUGAAUCACAAAGAAGGCAUGAUUUUUCAAGGAAAACUUCAAAAAAAGGUUUUUUUUCAGACCGACGUUGUGAUAUUCAUGGAACUGUGCUCGGAGGGUACGUUGGAGCGUAUUUGCCGCGAGGGAAUGGAUCUGAAAUUGGUCCGGCGCUACACGAACAGCCUGCUGAACGCCGUUCAGUACCUGCAUGAUAUGAAGGUACCUGGGUGAAGAUGAUCAAAUAUUAGACAUAAAAAUAGUGUAUUUUAUCGAAAAUUGAUUGAACCAAACUCACUAAGAAUUAUUCAAAAAAAUGAAAGACCAACCUUGUCAAAAACUAAAUUUCAACCUACUUCUGAUAACAGAUCAGUUCUUGACUCAAUAGCGCCUCAUUUAUUGGUCACGCCGUUUCAAAACCGAUGAGGCACGUGGAAGUGGGCGUGGCCUAUAUCGCCUAAAUCUACACGAGUCCCGCGGCUCCGACUGUCGAUUUACAUCGUUAAAUUGAUGAAUAACGUUUUUUUUUUUCCGAAUCAAAAAUCCCUUUCAUAUGAUGAGUUUAGCAACAGAAUAGUUCUUCCAUUCGCUUGCAUAUUUAUUAACGCGAAAAAAGUUAUCAUAUCAGUCUUCUAGUUCUUUUCUUUUUCUUCAUCUUCGAUGCAUUUUGUUCGGCUUUUCCUUUUUCAAAUAAUCGGCUCCAGAUUCAAUCGCUCAGAAUGUCUCAAUAAAUUUCGGGAUGGAUCAAGUCUGAGCAAACUCGUAAUGAUUAUAGGAUUUUUUAGAAAUGUCAGGAGUAAAAAAAUUGCGAUUCGUCGAAUAUUUUCUUGAUAACAUGGCGCUCAGAUCGUUCACCGCGACAUCAAGCCGGCCAACGUGUUCCUCGACCGCCACUGCGUCCUGAAACUCGGCGACUUCGGCUGUUCGUCGCGUCUCGCCGACACCCACACCGUCUUCGGCGAGUUCAACGAGUUCAUCGGCACUCCUCAGUAUAUGGUAAGGAAUAGUGUAGUCCAUUUUUCUAGGCUUCAAAAUACGUGAUAAAUUAUUAAAUCACUGUUAAACAAUAACCAGUCCCGAGAAAAGACCGCCUCAAAAAAAAAAGGAUUUUUCGAGUUUCAUCAAUAAUUCAUCCUUUGAGCGUCUGUUAUAGGAAUGAAAAAUUUUUGAGAAUGUAAGUUAAUUUAGUCACAAUAAAUCGAGAUCAAUCAUAAGAUAUUCUUGAGUGUGCGAAGCGGUCGCGUUGCGGUUUUGGCGCCAAUUCAAAAUUUUGAUUUUUGUGGAAAAUUAUUUAUUCAUUCAAUGAUAUGAACUUUCUUUGAAAGCUGUUCAAUAGAAACUAAUAAAUUUGGUCAACAGGGACCAUGAGAAAAAAAACAAAGAUGCCGGAAAUUUGAAUUGGCGCCAAAAAAAAAAACGCAUCGCGGCCGCGUUGCAUACAAACUAUUAAUUUUGCUAACUAGUAAGCGUAAGCGCAGUUCUAAAUAAAAAACGCGCUCUGAUUUAUUUUUUUAUGAAAUCAGUUCCAAACAGGACAUUUAUCAUCCUGUUCAUCGAUUUCAGGCGCCCGAAGUGUUUUCGAAUGGAAACGCGCGCGAAGAUGGGCGGUACCAAGGGUACGGUAGAAUGGCCGACAUUUGGAGCGUUGGCUGCGUCGUUUUGCAGAUGGUAGGACGGAAAUGCCCUCCGACCAAGUUUGAAUAUUCAUUUUUCAGCUCACCGGUCAUGUACCCUGGCCUGGAAUGGACAAGUAUCAAAUGACGUGGCAGGUUUGUUUUGAAGAUGAUGAGACAAAGGUGGAUAUUUAGGUAUAAAAAGUUUUUUCGCUUCAAGACCAUUAUCUUUUUCUCUUUUGAUCCUUUAAAAUAUCCGAAAAAAUAAAAAUGGUCGAACAGCCUUUUUUCUUUUAGUUCUUUAGAUUUUCCGAAUUUUCUGCACCUUUAGACAUCGAAUAGGAUUUCAAUAAACAAUUUUUUUGGUUAAAAUCUCGAUUAUAUUGAAAUUUAAAAGCUUUUUUUGAAGGUCUUUUUCGAAAUUUUUGAAGCCGAAAAAAAAGAUACUUUAUAUUGAUAAAGUGAAAAAAAGAAGCUUUUUUUCAUUGUGGUUGAGAAUUGACAGGUUUUGUGUGUCUGACUCUCUCUGUUCCCUCACCGGCGAGGUCACAAAAACGCGAAAAUAGCGCGGGUCGUCGAGAGACGAGGAGGGCGCAGAGAAAAAAAGCAGCUUCAAGUCUCAAAACGGACUAUAUUGAUAUUUUAACGUUUACGAAAUCUUAUAAGUCGAUAAUUUGAUAAAUUCAACGUUGGAACUACAUUAACCUGAAAAUUAAGAUGUGCGAGAAGAAGCUGAAGCCGACGUUCCCAUCGAUCGCCUCAAACAGAAAAGACGUGGCCGAGUUCCUCGACAUGUGCUUCGUCUACGACCCGCGCGAACGUCCUGGCGCCGAUGUUCUGCUCCAGACGCCCUUUGCCAACGUCAGCGUCAAGGUCGACACGUACAAUAUAAUCCAUUUUUCUCGGCUUGAAUUGGCGGAAUGUGGCGUUUAAAUGGUAGUCUGUUGUGAACUUAUAGAAUGACGUCACUCGAGAACGCUCUAUCAAAUACAAUGACGUCAUUCAAAAACGCUCAGUGGUUGUCUCGCUCUCUGAUUGGUUUAUCGCGCGAUAAGGGGCGGAGCUUGAGUGACGAUUUGACAUUCAAAAUCUGAACAGAAUAUAUAGCUGAUUCACGGCUUGGGGCUUUAAGGGGGCGUAGCCUGUCUGCGCUCUACACGAGCCAGGUACUAUUUCGUGCAUUUUCGUGUCAGGACCUUUUUCCGAUGGCUCAAGUCAGCCGUGAAUCAGCUACAUGUGUGCGAAGCGGUCGCGAUGCGUUUUCGGAGUUCAUUCGAAAAAUUAUCGCUUUAGUGGAAUUAUUGUGUUAUAUAUUUAUUAUAAAAUAUAUAUUUCCAAGUACCUUUUUUUGAAAAGUAUUUGAUGUAGUUCGAAUUUGGCGCCAAAACGCUGCGCGACCGUUCCGCACGCAAUUUUUAAACCACGCUUUCCGUCCUUCGAAGCCGAAAAAAGGAUUUUAAUGAAAAUUUUAACUAUAUUCAACCUUUCUUUUCAGCAAGAUCACGAAGACACCGAUUCGUCCACGGACCACUUUGAAAUUAUCCGUUUUCCUCCAACCCAAUAA